AUGAAAGUGCCCGUGGUGCCCAAGGUUAAUGUCCAGGUGGGGCUGGCCGGCUCACACUCCAAACUGGCCGAAUUCGUCACGCAGAAGUCACGGAAGGACAAAUACGCCUUUGUAAGCCAUGAGGUUUCCUACCCAUAUUACAGGUUCGGGAUCAGCGGAAAACCUCCUCUCGCUGGGCAUUUCGUCCUGGCGGUGAAGAACCUUCCCAGCCUGUACAACAAGGCCUCCAAGCUGGAAUACCAUCAUCUGAUUCACACCUACGGCACCCACUAUAUGACCCAGGCGUCCCUGGGGGGCCGGGUGCGGGACGUGACUGCGGUGCAGGUCUGCCAGGCGGCGCUGGAUGGGCUGACCAUCAACGAGAUCAAGGACUGUCUGAGCAUGGAGGUGACCAUGAAUAUUGGGGUGGGCUCAGACCAGUCCAGCUUCAGCAGCUGCAAGGAGAAUAAGAGGGUGAAAUUCCAACAGAGCUUCCACGAGAUGUCCCGGGAGCACCACGCGGAGGAGGAGGGAGGGCAAAACACGGACAACCUGCUCUUCUCCAAAAAUUACGCUGGGGUCUUCUCAGACUGGGUAAAAACCCUGAAGUCCCUCCCUGGCCUUCUCACCUACUCCUUGAGGCCAAUCCACACCUUGUUGGGGCAGGACGACCCCAAGCGGGAGGCACUUGGGCAGGCCGUGAGCGAGUACAUCCGUGAGAGGGCCCUGUGGAUGGAUUGCACCAAGAGCUGCCCAGCGGGGACCCAGCGCAGCACCCUCGACCCCUGCUCCUGCGUCUGCCCCGGGGACAUCUCCACCAACACCAUGUGCUGCUCGCGGGAGCGGGGCCUGGCAAGUCUGACGGUGACUGUGGUGCGGGCCAGUGAUCUGCGGGGUGACACUCUCACAGCUACGGAUGCCUACGUCAAGGUCUUCUUUGACAGGAGAGAGAACCGGACUGGCACCAUCUGGAACCGAAAAAGCCCUGUCUGGAACAGACACAUGGACUUUGGCUCUGUCCGUGUCACUGACGCCAGCCAGCUCCGUGUCGAGGUCUGGGACAAAGACAAUGGCUGGGAUGAUGACCUGCUGGGGGCCUGCAACAUCCCACUGAAGUCUGGGGGGCCCCAUCACAGGGAGUGCUACCUGAAACACGGCCGCCUCUGGCUCCACUACAGUCUGCACUGUGGGCCCAACCUUCGGGGCCCGAUCUGUUCUGAGUAUGUUCCCCAGCCCCCCCAGCACAGCAUAGCCAAGGGGAAGGAGCCCUUCUGGUGA